CCCCCGCUGUGCUCCUCCUCUCUCCUCUGUAACAUCCCCUCUUCAUUGCUUUCUGCUCGCAGUCGUUCUUUAUCCAACACUCUCUCUUCACUCCCUUCUUUUACCAUCCCUCCCUUCUCUCACCAUCACCCUCCCAAAAUGCGCUUCCCAACACUCUCAACAAUCGCUCUCGCAGCACUCGUAUCCGCCCUUCCAUCAGAACACCAUCUCGCAAGGAGGGACAUAUCCCAUGCACGCAUCGCUCGUUCCGUCUCAGAGCGCGCACCGGAACCACUUCCCGUCGCUGAACCUCUCCUAGUACCUGUGGCGUCUGAGAAGAAAGCCCGCGAUCCGAGCAAGAGGUGCAAGAAGAAGCAUAACCCUAACGCAGCGGGGUCGAGCUCUUCCUCCAAUUCGGCAACUUCGAGUUCGACCUCAAGCUCGGCUGCCUCUACCCCGACUGACUCUGGUAACUCGGGGAAUAACGGUGAUUCCGGAAAUAACAACAACAACAACGGAAACUCGGGUAACUCAGGCAACUCAGGCUCAGGCGGUUCUCCAUCCACCAGCGGUCUUACAACCGCUCCCUCAUACUGCGGUGGACCCUCGGCCGACUCCAACUCCCCCAACGGCCAAGAAUGGUACCUCAACUGCGGGAUGACCGGCGGAGGCUGGGCACCCCCCUUCGUCACCCUUGACCAGCUCGUUACCGUCCCUCUCCAGGACGCGAUCAACUCCGGUUCAGGGGUGUUCGACCCUUGCUCCCCGUACGUCGACACCUUCCAGCAGGUCUCCCAAGCUACCGGCGUUCCGGAUAUCUUCCUCGCCGCGUUCGCCAUGCAGGAAUCGACUUGCAACCCGGGUGCUGUAGGGCCUAACGGCGAGCAAGGGCUCAUGCAGCUCACGGUGGACAAGUGCGGUGGCGCCCCAGGCGGGAACUGCCAGGACGUAUACUUCAACAUCAAUACUGGCGCCAACUACAUCCAGUCCACUAUCUCCGCCGCAGGGGGGAACGUCGUCCAGAUGGUGGGGAUGUACAACGGGUACACGCUCGGCCAGACCAUCGCUUCCGUCAUCGCGAACCCGAACUGCGGCGCACAGCAAAACUUGGACUACCUGAACGAGUUCUUCAACUACUGGAUCGUUAACCGCGACGCUGGACAGUCCGGCGCGGCGCAGUACAACAACCAACAGCUGUGCUCCGCUGGUCUCUCGUGGCAGAUCUCUACCUCAUAAGCGGCUGCGCUCACACCUUGGUCGCCCCCAUCGUCCUUUUCCUCCCUGUUCCGCUUCUUCUCAAGUCGAUUCGCUCACGCCGGCACGCUAUCGGACGUAUUCAUGUAUCAAUAGGCUCCUGCCUGCCUCUUCCUUUUUCACCGCACAAGCCCUGGUCGACCCAGCCCCCGCCAGCACCCAGCUGGCCCAUACCCAUGGCUUCCACCUUCCUCUGCCUCUUACGGUCCGCUCUCACUCGCAUCGAUUUACCAACCCAAUUCCAUCCAAUUCCAUCCAAUUCCACCUGUUCAUCCCACACCCUACGCGUCCGGACGCCCCCCCUCUUCUCCCCCUUACCUACUUCACACCCUCCUACUCUAACCAUGUAACGCCAGGUCUUCAACUAGGCCAGAGUGGGCUUAACAAGCUUGCUUUACACAACUUCAUCUUAUUACUCG